CUUUGAAUGGCUUAUGUCCCAAUUGAAUCCCCAAGACGCUCCAAGACACGAUGCCGACACCCUACCAUUUCUCUUCCAGUCGCGCAACCACGACUCCAACCCAAACCAAAACAGACGCGUCCAAGAACCUUCCGUACCGACCCACUCCAACCAUCUCUCAGCAAAGAAGCCAAUCGUGUCACUUGUCCUCCUCCCCUGCCCCAGAUGUCGGCACUAAGAGGAGUCGGCCAAGGAGGACAAGGACCACCCCUGUCGAUUCCCACUGGCCCAGAGGCGAUUGCAGUGCUUGCUGUCAUCACAACAAGCGCUUGUCUUCCGAAGACGAGUGUGACGACGGCUUUGAGGGUGCUGACAGCGACUCUGAUGCGGAAGAGUCGUGUUGCGGAGACGACAAUACUGUCGUCCAUGACUAUGUCUGGCCCAAGGAUCAUGAAUUCCAAGAGGCACGGCAACUACUAUUGCAACAAUUACGUCAAAACGUCAAAGUAUUCGCUGAGAAUACCCAGUACCAUGAGCCACCAAAACAUCAACCGCCGCCCCCGAAACGCAAACGCAAACGCCCCAGGCCCUCAAAACGGCAGUCCAAACCAACGGACGUCUUCGACGAACUGAACAAUCCUGGUGAUCAGGAACACACCGACGAUGGAUUUAUUAUACUUCCCCGAAAAUACCUUCGUUUCCCCUGUCCAUUCUACAAAGCAAAUCCUAAACGGCACCGAAACUGCCUUCUGCAACACGACCUUCGGAGAAUCGAGGAUGUCGCCACUCACGUCGUGCGUCAUCAUAGGAGGCCAUCAUACUGUCCGACGUGCUCCCGGACGUUUGCCUCGGUUAUAGAUUGCGACAGACACAUGAUGGCGAGGACAUGUGAGCUCCGCGACCUAGUAAUACCAGAAGGGAUCAAUCUGUAUCAGAAAAAUAUAUUGACACAGAAGGACGAUGAGCAGCUCACCACGACGGAACGGUGGGAGCGCAUGUAUGCUACAACCCUCCCAGAUGCAAAGUCUUCUCCUUCGCCAUUUCUCAAUCAAGGCUGCGCGCAGGCAAUCUCCGCGGCGCGUGACUACUGGCGAGAAGACGGUUGGCGCUGCGUUUCUGAUUUCUUGAGGAACCAAGGCAUGCUUGAGGAGGUUCAAGAAGAUGACGAGAGGGCCCAAGUGGCACUUUUCAACUCGACUCUCGAGGAUCUUCUGACUGAGAUUAUGGACGAGUAUGAACAGGCCUCGAACCAGUGAGUGUGAGAGAUGUAGAUAUAUAGAAC